AUGAACUUUAUAUAUUCUUCCUGGUUAGUCGUGGCUAUUUUAGCUACUUCAGUUCAAGCUCUUGUUAUUCCAAAAGAUAUUGCAGUUAAUUCUUUAUCAAAUGAUUCAACUAUUUCUACCAAUGCUACUGCUUCCAUCAAUGCUUUAACUUCCUUUGCUGCUCAUGCUGAUGCUGCUGCAAAUGAAAGAUUUCUUCAAGAAUUUAUUUACAAUGGUGAUAUUGCUGCUAAUGGAUGGAUUGAAAAUUGGUACCUUAACAAUACUGGUAAAAUUGCAUUGUUUCAAGCCAUUUCAUCUAACAUUAGAACUUUCUUUGGUGUUGGUGGUCUUUAUACUUGUCUUCCUAGCUUCCUUGAUCAAGACACUAUUCCAGCUGGUGUUCAAUGUUUGGCUGUAUUUGCUUUGCAAGAAUCUCUUGUUGCUGUUACUUUGGUUACUAUUUGGGGUCUUGAAUCUCCAGAUGAUGAUGCUACUGGACAAGAAAUUUUCAAACAUAAUUUGAUGAGAGGUGUCAAGAAAUACCGUAAAUUCAGAGCUUGGGCUAGAAAUGCUGAUGGUUCAGGUCACAAAGAAGUUGAAGCUGUUUCUUUUAGAUUGAAUUCACUUUGUGCUUUAGGUGCUGCUUCUUGUACUGAUGAUUCUGGUGAUGCUGAUAUUAUCGCUAUUAGAGAUGAAACUGGUGUUCAUAUUAACAUUAAUACUGAUCCAUCAGUUACUGCUGAAGAAUUUGAGCAAAUUGUUUUGAAAACAGUUCCAGGUGUCCCCGUUGAUUACGUCAAUGAAGAUGGUUCUGUUUCUGAUCCUAAUGAUGGUGCAACUCAUGAUAUUAAAUAUAUCAGUUAUAACAUUGAGAACAGUGUUGCAUCAAAACUUUCAAAAGUUGUUGAUUCAAUUCCAUCUGGUGUUAGUCCAUUUGAUUCUCUCAAACAAGAACGUUCAAAUAAUAAAAAAGGUUUAAGAGAACGUACUACAAAUCGUGUCAAGGCUAUCUUUGGUGGUGGUGAAUCAGAAACAAGACUAUUUACUUCAUGUUAUGCUGGUGCUGGUAAUGCAGGUAAUGCUGAACAUCCGGUUCCUUAUGGUGUUGUUGGUCAAAUUUACUACAACUCUUAUGGUCCAGCUGAUGAUUCUAGUUGUUAUGAUGUUAAUGCCAUCAAGAAAUCACUCCUUUGA